AUGGCCUCUUUUCUUCCCGUCAACACCUCGGCCGCGACCGAUGACCACGCCAUGGACGGUGCGACCACCCCCCGUGCGAACCCCAACGGCGUGUCGGCCUCCUCAGAUCGAUCCUCCCCCGCGGACCAACACCCCGAUACCGCUGCAAAGUCAAGUCGAGGAGAUGAUCCUACGCAGGCAACAGUGUCCGGACAUUCUCGAACGGCCUCGACCAUAUCAGAUGAUGCGAUGAAUGUCGACUCGGAUGGAGAACGUGAUGGAUCCGACCAAGAGCCCGAACCGGGCGGCGCACCCCCGUCGAAAAAGAAGAAGGGACAACGGUUUUUCUGCACCGAUUUCCCACCUUGCAACCUGAGCUUCACACGCAGCGAGCACCUGGCGCGACAUAUUCGAAAGCAUACCGGCGAGCGGCCCUUUCAAUGUCACUGUUCCCGACGAUUCUCGCGACUGGAUAAUUUACGACAACAUGCCCAGACGGUACAUGUCAAUGAGGAGAUUCCGGGAGAUUCAUUGGCGGCCACAGGCACUCGGUUCCAACGCCAGGUGCGGACGGAUCGAGUGCGCCCGACUGGCCGGGCUCGCGCUGGGACGGGAGGUAGUCAGGGUGCUCACAGCCGUGGUCAUAGCAGGAAUUUGUCGACUUCCAGUAUCGCAUCUACGACGUCCACCUUUAGUCAACCUCCAGAGCUUCGGCGACGACCCCCGCCGCUGAUCAUGGCCAACGAUCCCACCAGCCGCGCACGCUUAGGACUGGAUCCGAUGGGAGAGCCCCCGAGCACACCUCCAGGCCAGAUUCGUGGUAUUCCUGGUCUCUCAGCGGGCGGGUCGCCUUACACGCCGUCCAACGUUUACGCUGGUGGCCCGACUGCCAGCCCCCAAUAUACAUCCCCCAUGGCCUCCGCCACGCAUCGCUUCUGGGAGGGCAAGACCGCCGCUCGCCGACUGUCCGUACCUACCAGUAGCAACCCAUUUCUCGCACAGCCUGGCGGUGCAUAUCCCCCACCAUAUGGCUCGCCCGCCGCCCCUCCCUAUCCGAAUGCCGCCGGUGUCUUUGCGAGCCCAACUAGUACAAACUACCCUGCAUCUCGGGAUGAGAGUACCCUCAGCCCCGCCGAGGCCGAAAUGCGAAGGCGAACAUGGCAUCCCUCGACAUACCCCGUCUUUAGCCGGCCAUCUACUAGCGGUUUGAGCCAGUAUCACACACCCGAUACUGUCCAGGGACCACCUCUGGGAGGAGCCAAUUCGGCAGAGCAACCGCCUCGGCUACCCGGAAUCGAGAGCUUCGACAAAGUCGUGUCUCAGCACCGACCUCUGACUCCGCCUACCCGCAAGGCGAGCCCGAUGCAGAUUGACAGCCAGCACCGACCUCCUCCACCUCCUCCAACCCAUAGCUUUGCCUCUGGCUACAACUACGGGGCUCCGUCAGUGCGCCCAGCACCUCCAAUCUCCGGCCCUGGCCACCGCCGCGGUCAUGUAUCGUGGGACAUGUCCUUGCACCACAAUCUCACUGGACUUGAUAUUCGAGACCGACGAGCAUCUCGAGAUGCUAGCUCGUGGAGUCAGCAGACCAUUGCCGAGCUCCAGAACGUGUCUUCCCGGCCUUCGUCCUCGUAUCAGCCAACAUUCCCGCCUACAGCGGAGCGCAGUCCAGAAGAGCACCGGGGUCACACAUCCAAUCUGUCAACGAGCAGUCGCCCGGCACAGACAUCUCCCGAAGACUCCAGCAGCAGCGAGGGGGUCCACACUCCAUCCACGGCCUCGGUCGAGUACCACCCAGCCAUUGUGCAUAGCAGCGGAUAUAUUGAAGCGCACGACUCGUCGUUACCAUCCGAUCACCCUCAACCGAUCUGUGGGCGACAGGCCGCUCACGCCGACGGCUACCCGGGUCACGCCGAGCGAGAGCCCCGACCCGACGUCUUUUCAGACUCGUCUGCACGAGAUAACGGUAUGGGCCGACUCGAGGCCUUGGUUGCCGUCGCAACGAGUGAGAACAAAGGUGCCACCAGAUUGUUCUUGUAA